AAAAACAUGGGUGGAAAUGGGAUACUCUGGAAGAGAGGGAUGAACCCAGUUGUCUGGCACAAUCCUUAUUUCUUUCCUUCUUCCUUCCAUUUUCUUGUCCACCAAGAUUUCUCCCUCAUUAAUUCUUCAACACCUUAACUCCAUCCACCUAAUUUUUUUGUCUGCGCAACUCAUUCCCCUUUAAACAUUCAAAUAAUCAAAACCCACCAACCCAAUUGGCUUUCUUUUGAUUUCCCACAAUGGCCGCCAAUUCCCACAGAGUGGGUUCUUCCUACGGCGGCGCCGCCUCUUACAGAUCAAGAGAUGGGCUUAGCACUCGACCGGUUGGUGCCUCUGAGGAGAUCCAAUUGCGAAUUGAUCCCUUGGACUUGGACGAGGAAAUCACCGGUCUUCAUCGCCAAGUUAGAAGGUUGAAACAUGUUGCUGAGGAGAUAGGAACGGAAGUGAAGUAUCAGAAAAAUUUUCUUGAAGAAUUGCAAAUGACAAUGAUAAAGGCUCAAGCGGGAGUGAAGAACAACUUAAGAAGAUUGAACAAGAGCAUCAUCCAAAGUGGUUCAAACCAUAUCAUUCAUGUCAUUCUUUUCGCGUUAGUCUGUUUCUUUGUUGUGUACCUUUGGUCCAAAAUGUUCAGAAAGUGAUUUUCGGACCAGCUUCCUGGUUGAAAAAUCCAGCUAAAACACAUGAUUACGUAUUCUAGUGCAGAGAAAAAGCUCCAUAACCCUUUGGAGUUUUCUAUUGAAAUGUAUCUGACUUUGAGAUGAGUUUCUUGGAUAUAUGACGUAGUUAAAGCAGUUGUUGUAUUUAAAAAAUGAUGAAUGAUUUAAGUUCUUAAUAGUUUGCGUUGUUAUUUUUCUCUAUAAA